AUGUUUAAUUCAAGAUUAAAGUUGCUUAGGGUAUUCUGGGUAGUUGCUAAUAUAGCUCUCCUGGUAUCUGGAACCGUCAAUGUUGAUAAAUUGGAAGAAUUCGAAGAAUACCAAAAGUUUACGAAUGAGUCCCUAUUAUGGGCACCUUACAGAUCGAAUUGUUACUUUGGCAUUACACCUAGAUAUGUCAACGAAAGCCCGCUAGUGAUGGGUAUUAUGUGGUUUAACAGUUUGAACCAGGACGGAUUGCAGUCAUUAAGACAUUUUGCUACACCUCAAGAUAAAUUACAAAAGUAUGGCUGGGAAGUUUAUGAUCCAAGAAUUGGUGGCAAAGAGAUCUUUAUUGAUGAAAAAAAUAAUUUGAACCUAACUGUGUAUUUUGUAAAGAGUAGGAAUGGGGAAAAUUGGUCAGUAAGAGUUCACGGUGAACCUUUGGACCCUCAGCUACCCUCCACGGCCUCUAUUGUAUUGUAUUUCAGCCAAAAUGGUGGUGAAAUAGACGGAAAGUCUUCAUUAGCAUUGAUAGAUCAGGAUGGUCCCAAUGAUUUGAAAUUUUUCGGCUAUUCUCAAGAAUUGGGAGAGUAUGAUCUGACGGUGAGGGACAACUUUGGUCAAUAUUUCAACAAUCCGGCACAUGACACUAUGGAAGUAGCACCAGGAAGUGACUGUUCCAAGACAAGUCAUUUAUCUCUUCAAGUCCCAGGUAGUGAAGUUUGGAAAGCUCGCGAUAUUUUUCAGUCUCUGGUAAGCGAUUCUAUACGUGAUAUACUUGAAACCGAAGACAAGCAAGAACGUCCAGCUGAUUUGAUACCGAGUAUUUUGACCAUUAGAAAUAUAUAUAACUUCAACCCUGGGAAUUUUCAUUAUGUACAAAAGACAUUUGAUUUGUCCAAAGAGGGGGGGUUUGAGUUUGAUACCACAUAUAAUAAGCUUGAAACAACUCAGAGUAUUUCCACUAGGGAACAAAUCACAGAAUUGAUCACAUGGUCACUAAACGAAAUAAAUGCACGCUUUGACAAAAAGUUUAAUUUUGGACAAGGGUCCGAUUUAAUCGGGAGUGUUGAUGAUAAGAGGAAAUUUGCCUUGGAAACACUAUCAAACCUGUUAGGAGGGAUUGGCUACUUCCAUGGGAAGCAACUAAUUGAUCGUGAAACCGAGUUCGACGAAAGUCAAUUUGCCGAGAUAAAAUUGCUGAAUGCAAAAGAGGAGGGUCCAUUCGAUUUAUUUACCAGCAUUCCGAGCCGUGGGUUUUUUCCACGUGGAUUCUACUGGGACGAAGGUUUCCAUCUUUUACAAAUUAUGGAAUACGAUUUCGAUCUUGCCUUUGAAAUAUUGACUAGCUGGUUUGAGAUGAUUGAAGACGAUAGCGGUUGGAUCGCUAGAGAAAUUAUUUUGGGUGAUGAAGCAAGAAGUAAAGUACCACAGGAAUUCCAGGUGCAGAACCCCAAUAUUGCCAACCCGCCAACUCUACUUCUUGCCUUUAGUGAAAUGCUCUCUAGAGCCAUUGAAAAAAUAGGUGAUUUCGACGAUGUUAACAACGAACAAGUGAUGUUUAAUGGGAAACUAAGCAAUUUUGUUACAAACAAUCUUGAAGCCAAUUCUGAUUUAUUAACGGAAUAUGCCAAGAAAAUUUACCCCAAAUUACUAAGGCACUACAAUUGGUUCAAAGAGUCUCAGGCAGGCUUCAUUGACGAGUAUGCAGAAAUAUUUGAAGAGGAAGGAAUAUGGGAUAAGAUUCAUAAGAGUGAAGUUUAUAGAUGGGUUGGACGUACUUUUACACAUUGUCUACCAAGUGGUAUGGAUGAUUACCCUAGAGCGCAACCACCUGAUGUCGCAGAAUUGAAUGUAGAUGCCUUGGCAUGGGUGGGGGUGAUGACAAGGUCCAUGAAACAAAUCGCUCAUGUUUUAAAGUUGACAGACGACGAGACAAAAUACGCAGAGAUUGAACACAAUGUAAUCGAAAACUUAGACCUACUUCAUUGGAGUGAGAAGGACAAUUGCUACUGUGACAUCAGCAUCGAUUCCGAAGAUGAAGAAAUUAAAGAAUUCGUGUGCCAUGAGGGUUAUAUCUCUUUGUUGCCAUUUGCAUUAAAGCUUAUCCCCAAAGACUCGCCCAAACUGGGGAAAAUUGUUGCCUUGAUGAGUGACUCAAACAAAAUAUUUUCCGAAUUCGGGCUGCUGUCGUUAUCAAGACAAGACGAAUAUUUUGGUAAGGACGAAAAUUACUGGAGAGGGCCAGUUUGGAUGAACAUCAAUUACUUGUGCCUUGAUGCGAUGAGAUACUACUACCCUGAGGUCACUCUUGGCGUGGCUGGUGAGGCUAGUGAUGCCAAGAAGCUGUACCAAAGCUUAAAGACUAAUCUCAGUAACAACGUCUAUAAAGUUUGGAAAGAACAGGGGUACUGUUAUGAAAACUACAGUCCCGUAGACGGUCACGGUACGGGCGCUGAGCAUUUCACUGGUUGGACAGCACUGGUCGUGAACAUUCUGGGCCGUUUUUGA